GUCCCUUGGGAACUUCCUGUUGUCACCACACCUCUGGAUUAGAUAUUCGAGCUCGCCGUGAGCAAAACCCCCGAAGUGAAAACUCCAAGGCUCUUGGAAGUAAAUCAUCCUUCUGUGAAUGUGACACAGGAUCUCUGCAGUUUCCAUAUGCUGAGGUUAUACUUACUUAUCAGUUUGACGUGCUUGGUGAGAUCAGACACAGAUGAAACAUGCCCUUCGUUCACCAGACUGAGCUUUCACAGUGCGGUAGUGGGUACAGGGCUGCACGUGAGGUUGAUGCUCUAUACGAAGAGAAACCAGACCUGCGCCCAAAUCAUCAACUCAACAGCUUUUGGGAACUUGAAUGUGACCAAGAAAACCACCUUCAUUAUCCAUGGAUUCCGGCCAACAGGAUCCCCUCCAGUUUGGAUGGAAGACUUAGUAGAGGCUUUGCUCUCUGCAGAACACAUGAACGUGGUUGUGGUUGACUGGAAUCGAGGCGCUACAACUGUCAUAUACACCCAUGCCGCUAGUAAGACCAAGCAAGUAGCCACCAUCUUGAAGGAAUUUAUCGACCAGAUGUUGGCAGAAGGAGCUUCUCUUGACAACAUUUAUAUGAUUGGAGUAAGUCUAGGAGCCCAUAUAUCUGGAUUUGUUGGAGAAAUGUAUGAUGGGCAGCUGGGGAGAAUUACAGGUCUCGACCCUGCGGGCCCUUUAUUCAACGGGAGGCCUCCCCAGGACAGAUUAGAUCCCAGCGAUGCGCAGUUCGUUGACGUCAUCCACUCUGACACUGAUGCACUGGGCUACAGGGAACCCCUAGGAAACAUAGACUUCUAUCCAAAUGGAGGAUUGGAUCAACCAGGUUGCCCUCAAACGAUAUUUGGAGGAAUGAAGUAUUUCAAGUGUGACCACCAGAGGUCCGUGUACCUGUACCUGGCUUCCCUGAGAGAGGACUGUGAGAUCACCGCCUAUCCCUGUGACUCUUACCGGGACUACAGGAACGCCAAGUGCGCCAGCUGCGGCACACCACAGGAGCAGUCCUGCCCCGUCCUGGGCUAUUAUGCUGACAACUGGAAAGACUACUUAAGGCAGAAGGAUCCUCCGAUGACUAAGGCGUUCUUUGACACAGAUGAGAAGGAGCCCUUCUGCAUGUAUCAUUACUUUGUGGACAUUAUAUCUUGGAACAAGAACAUCAGAAGAGGCUCUAUUACAAUCGAAUUGAGAGACAGGAAUGGAAACACUACAGAAUCUAAAAUUGAUCAUGAACCAGCCAUAUUUCAGAAAUAUCAUCAAGUGAGCCUGCUUGCAAGAUUUAAUCAAGAUCUGGAUAAAGUGGCAACAAUUUCAUUGGUAUUCUCUACAGGAUCUGUAAUAGGCCCUAAGUACAAGCUCAGGAUCCUCCGAAUUAGGUUGCGGUCCCUUGUCCAUCCAGAGAGGCCCCAGUUAUGUCGGUAUGAUCUUGUCCUGAUGGAAAAUGUUCAGACAGUCUUCCAACCUAUUCUCUGUCCCAAGUUGCAGAUGUAACUGCUGCUGGGACACGUGGGCAGCAACAAUGUCAAGACAGCUACAUCUACAGCCUCUUUGAAAGCUUCACCUGAGCUUUUCCUCAAAGCUCAAAAGGCAUGGAAAAACCAAAGUUAUUUUCAGCAGCGUCCUACGGAUGUCACAUUGCAGAAUGUCAAAUGACUUUGUGAUUAUAAAACCAUCCUGGGAAGGGUGGCCCUAACUAGGACAAGUCAGAAAUAGCCAGGCUUCCGACAGCCUAGUGCUUUGUCUGGCUGCAUCCCGGGGCCUCGUUUGUUCCGACCUGUCGCUUCUGCUGCCCAUCACGCAAGUGCGUCUACUCCUCAGGGGUUCGGGAAUGCAUCUUAAAGGCCAGGAGGGGGCUGCAGACCUCACUUCGGACUCUCUGCUCCCUGUGCCAAAUUCUGCACAGUACCUGUCACACAGAAGGGAACAAAACUGACCUACCUCGCAGGGCUGCUGUGUGGGUUUGGAAGACAAGUCUGUGAAGAGUUCUUUGAAAUCCCAUGGGUACCACAUCAGUGAGAUGUGUGAUGAAUGUGAAUAUGCUUUUAUUUAUUUUAACACUCCUUAGCUCAUGUGCUUUGAUAGGGUGACCUCUCCUUAUCAAUACCUUGGCUUCCCACUGCCUCCAAAGUGAUGCUGGUGCACAGAGGAGGUAGGGAUGGGCUGGUAGUCGUGAGGGCGGUACUGGAACUAGAGAGGAAGCAGCAGCAGGGGAGCAGCCUCACAGCCCCUGGACAGGGGACCAGUGAGAGGCAGGGGAGAAAAGGGCUUCUUUUUCACCUAAAGGUGGACAAGGAGCAUUUUAUAGGCAGCCCUUCUUUUCCGUUUAGGUUGUGUGUAUGUUCGUUUUGGCAGGGCUGGAGAUCCUUCCAGGUGUUCCACCACUGAGCUACGCACUCCAACCCAGGC